AUGGAAGAAUCCAAGCCAAUGUCAUCAACUUCUCAGCGUCUGUGGACCCUUUAUAGCAGUACGAAUGUUGAAGAUAAAUUGGCAAGUUAUGUCAAGACAAUUCCUGAGACUCAAAAAUAUUUAA